AAUGUUGAUUAGUUGAUGAUGUAGGAUUCCAACACACUCCUACAACCAUAUAUAAUACCCAAUUAAAUCCAUUUUCUUCCCAUAAUACCAAUACCUUUGGAUCAACAAAUUGAAGAUAAAAAUGAGUUGCAACGGUUGUCGUGUCCUUCGAAAGGGAUGCAGCGAAGAUUGCAUGUUACGAGAUUCUCUAACAUGGAUACAAAACCCACAAGCACAGGGUAACGCCACUCUCUUCGUCGCCAAAUUCUUCGGCCGUGCUACACUCAUGUCUUCCCUAUCUUCGGUUCCUCCCAACCAAAGAUCUGGUUUGUUCCAGUCACUUAUGUAUGAAGCUGUUGGAAGAACUAUAAAUCCAGUGAAUGGAGCAGUGGGGCUUUUGUGGACUGGGAGGUGGCGGUUUUGCCAACUGGGCGUCGAGCAAGUUUUGAGAGGCAACGGCGGCGCGUUGACACCACUGCCGGAUCAUGAGAGUACUGAUAGUGAUCGUCAUCAAUAUCACCGAGAGCAACAAGUAAUGAUCGAAAAACAGAAUUAUAAUGAAGAAGCAAACAAGACACAGUCCGAGGAAUCGGAGUCGUCGACGUUGGGAAGUAGAACAGGAUCCGAGGAUUAUUCAUAUGUUUAUGCUAAUUCUCAAAUUCAAACUCAAACCAACCAACUACUUACACUGUUCUUAUGAUCUUUUGUUUAUUUUGUUUUCUUCAUUUAAAUUAUUAUCCCAUAUUAAAAAAAAAAUGUUUCUCUUUAAGAUUUUUACGCCUACUUUUCCCUUCAUAAAUCUUGCUAUUCAUUUCUAAAAUAUUCAACUAUAAUAUUCCUGAGUUUUGUUA